CCCCGCAAGAAAAAUAGAAAAAAGGAAAUCAAAACUCAUAAGCUUAAUUCCAUGGCUUCCCCCGAGAUUUUUCUCGCUUUCCUCAUAACUCUAGCUUCCGUGCAGGCCAUAAACUCCGUCGAGUUCUCCGUCACCAACAACGCCGGAAACACCGCCGGCGGCGUCCGUUUCGACCUCGAAAUCGGAACUUCCUAUGCAGAGCAGACUCUGAAAUCAGCCACCGAUUUCGUAUGGAAAAUCUUCCAACAGGAAACUGACACCGACGACAGGAAGAGCGUGCAGAGCAUCCGCCUCUUCAUCGACGCCGAAUACGACGGCGUUUCCUACACUUUCGGCGGCGACAUUUGCAUCGCCGCAAAACACAUUGCAGAAUUUUCCGGCGACCUGAAGAACGAGAUCAGCGGAAUUAUAUACCCUGAAGUGGCGCACGUGUGGCAGUGGAGCGGGAACUCCGAGGCGCCCGGCGGGCUGAUCGAUGGGGUGGCGGAAUUCGUGAGGCUGAAAUCUGGGUUUGUCUCCGGGGAGUGGCCGGGGGCGGGGGAAGGCGAGCGGUGGGACGAGGGCGGCGGCGUGACGGCGAGGUUUCUAGAGUAUUUGGAAGGGCUGGGGAGCGGGUUCGUGGCGGAGAUUAACCGGAAGAUGAGGAACGGUUACAGAGAGGAUUACUUCGUGGAGUUGAUGGCGGCGACGGCCGGCGAGCUUUGGGCGGAUUACAAGGCGGAGUACGCCCCAAUAAUUAAUACAAAUUAAUUAAAUCUUUUUUGCACGUCUUCCCAACUUUUCAAUAUUUCGAAGUUUUUUUUUUCUUUUAAAACAACAAUAUUAAUAUUUCGAAGUUGUGU